AUGUCCCUACCCACCAAAGCUCAAAAAUGGAUCCGAGAUGGAUUCUUGAUAUCAACAGAUAAAAAGCUCCUCUCAAUUCCAGCAAUUAACUCUGCAUUCGACCAGGAAUUCGUGUACUGGACCAGAGCGGUGCCACAUGAGAUCCUGCAGCAGGUUAUUGACAAUUCUUUCUGUUUCGGUCUCUACAAAACGGCGAAGGAAAUUACUUCCGCGGACGGCACCGAGCCAGCCUCAACAGUCACCCAUACAGAAGCUGCAGACAAUCUCGAGCAGAUUGGGUUUGCCCGGCUGGUCACUGACAAUCUUACUUUUGCAUACCUGACCGACCUAUAUGUUCUCCCAAGGUACCAAGGCCUUGGUGUUGGGGGCUGGUUGAUCGACUGUGUGGAUGAGCUGUUGAGUUCAUUGCCUUAUCUGAGAUGGGCAAUGCUGCGAACUUCCAAGGUGAAAAGCAAGGAGUCGUAUGAGAAGAGGCUAGGCAUGAGCAUUCUAAGCUCAGAAAUUAGCCAGGGUGCAGUUAUAAUGGGAAAGAAAGGCAAAGCAGGCAGGACUUGA